GUUCAAAAUUAUAGAAUAAUGCGGCUUUUGGUUCUCUAUGGCAGCCAAACAGGCACCGCCCAGGACGUGGCGGAGCAGAUCUGGCGGGAGUCGCAUCUGCUAGGCUUCCAGGGUCCAGUGCUGUCCCUCGAGGAGUACGAAACGCAGCGACUUAUCGAGGAGCGCCUCGUGGUCUUUGUGGUGGCCACCACCGGCGAUGGCGUGGAGCCCGAUAAUAUGAAACAGGCUUGGCGGUUUCUGUUGAAGCGCAGCCUGCCCGCCCAGUCCCUGCAAGGAAUGCAGUUCGCAUGCCUUGGGCUCGGCGACUCCAGCUACCCGAAGUUCAACUACGCCGCAAAGAAGCUGCACAAACGACUGCUGAAUCUGGGGGCCACUGCUGUGUGUCCAGUGGGCCUGUGCGAUGAUCAGCAUGAUUAUGGCCACCUGGGAGUGUCCCUCGCCUGGACUAAAGACCUUUGGAUCGCCCUCAAAGGCAUCUCCGGUGUGGACGACAGUCAGCUGAAUGGCGGUCACGUCCAAAGCCCGGGAAAGUGGCUCCUGAAGACGUUACCAAAGGAUUCUGCAAUUGUCCCUCUGGAAACUCUGCUCUGGACCCAAAAGCAAGCUGCACACACGUUUAAACUUAAGAAUAACCAAAGGACAACGGCAGAGAAUCACUUCCAGGAUGUGCGCUUCUUAAAGCUGGAAUAUCAGGCAGAAGUCCUCAGCUGGGAGCCCGGCGAUGUGCUCGAUGUGCAGCCCCAGAACAGCGAGGAAACUGUAAAGGAAUUCUUUGAACUAAUCCGCGAACACAACCUAAACUUCGAUGAGGACACCGUGGUCGAGGUGGUGAGUGCCCAUCCGGACAUGCCGCUGCCAAAGGCCUACGCCACUCCCUUGAGCCUUCGGCAGGCGGCCAAAUACGUUUGGGACCUGAGUGCCAAGCCGCGACAGAGGUUCCUUGAGGUGCUGGGCUUUAACUGCAGCGACGAGAUGGAAAAGGAGAAACUGGUGGAGUUCUGCUCUGGCGAGGGCAUCGAUGACCUGGUGGCCUAUGUCAACAGACCGCGUCGCACACUCCUAGAGGUUCUGCAGGACUUUCGUCAUGCCACAUCCCGCCUAACUCUGGAGCAGCUCUUCGAGAUGAUGCCACUGAUUCAGCCUCGCAGCUUCUCCAUAGCUUCGGAUAUGUCCUCCGGCACGCUAGACUUGCUGGUGGCUGUGGUCAACUACAAGACCAUCAUGCACACUCCCCGCCUGGGCCUGUGCUCCAACUGGCUGAAGCAUCUGGAGGCGGGAUCAACCGAGCUACGAGGCGUUGUCAAAAAGGGGACCAUGGUGUGGCCCAAGGACUUGAGCAUUCCUCUCAUUAUGGUGGGACCUGGCACGGGCAUUGCCCCCUUCCGCAGCAUCAUCCAACAUCGAUUGCAGCCCCAAGCCACAGGCUCCGCCAUUGGUCCUUUGGUCGUAUUCUUUGGCUGCCGCAACAAAUCUUCCGAUUUUCACUUUGAAGCUGACUUUACAGCCUGGACAACGGCUAAACAGGUGGAGGCUCACUUUGCCUUCUCCCGGGACGAGGAUCACAAGGUCUAUGUCCAGCAUUUGAUAACCAAGAAUGGCCCUUACCUAGCGGGACUCAUCAAGGACCGCAAUGCCUUCAUCUACGUGGCUGGGAACUCCAACAACAUGCCCAAAUCGGUGAGAGAGGCCUUCAUCGAGAUCCUCGGCGGUGAUGCGGACUAUGUGGAUCUGAUGAUCAAGCAGCGACGAUAUCAGGAGGAGACCUGGGCCUAAAAGCUACUCUUUAUUCGCGCAUAAGUUCCUAUUUGUACGGAUUGUUUGGACGGAAAUAAUAUUCUUAACAAAACUACAACUACUACAAAGGCCGC